AAAGCCCUCCUCCUUCUCCUCGCCCUCCCUUCAUCCCUCCAUCUCUGUCUCGCCUUUGCCGCUCGCAGCCGCCGGGCUCUGCCUCGCCCGCCUCCCCUCCCCACCCUCCCCAUCCCCGCCGCCAGCCAUGGCCGACAUGAAGACUGGCAUCUUCGCCAAGAACGUCCAGAAACGCCUCAACCGCGCUCAGGAGAAGGUACUUCAAAAACUAGGAAAAGCAGAUGAAACUAAAGAUGAACAAUUUGAAGAAUAUGUUCAAAAUUUCAAACGGCAAGAGGCAGAGGGUUCCAGACUCCAGAGAGAACUGAGAGGAUAUUUAGCAGCCAUUAAAGGGAUGCAAGAUGCCUCAAAGAAGCUUACAGAGUCUCUCCAUGAAGUUUAUGAGCCAGACUGGUACGGGCGUGAAGAUGUGAAAAUGAUUGGAGAGAAAUGCGAUGAACUUUGGGAAGACUUCCAUCAAAAACUGGUGGAUGGGUCGCUGUUAACCUUGGAUACAUAUCUAGGACAAUUUCCUGAUAUCAAAACUCGCAUUGCAAAACGAAGCAGAAAGCUAGUGGACUAUGACAGUGCAAGGCAUCAUCUAGAAGCCCUACAGAGCUCAAAAAGAAAAGACGAAGGCAGAAUUACCAAGGCAGAAGAAGAAUUUCAAAAAGCACAGAAAGUGUUUGAAGACUUUAACACUGACUUACAAGAAGAGUUACCAUCUCUGUGGUCACGACGAAUUGGCUUCUAUGUGAACACCUUCAAAAAUGUAUCCAGCCUUGAAGCCAAGUUUCACAAGGAAAUAGCUUUACUAUGUCACAAACUAUAUGAAGUGAUGACAAAGCUGGGGGAUCAGCAUGCAGACAAGGCCUUCACCAUUCAAGGGGCACCAAGUGAUUCAGGUCCACUCCGCUUUGCAAAAACACCGUCACCGCCAGAGGAGGUCUCUCCCCUGCCUAGCCCUACUGCUAGUCCUAAUCAUAUGCUGGCACCAGCAUCUCCGGCACCAGCCCGACCUAAGUCACCCACACAGCUGAGGAAAGGUCCACCAGUUCCACCACUGCCUAAGCUCACACCCACGAAGGAGAUGCAACAGGAGAACAUCAUUAAUUUAUUUGAUGACAAUUUUGUCCCAGAAAUCAAUGUGACAACCCCAUCACAGAACGAAGUACCUGAAGCUAAGAAAGAGGAAUCUUUGCUAGAUUUGGACUUUGACCCUUUCAAGCCAGAAGUUGUACCAACAGGAGUUAGUCAUUCACCCAUGUCUCAGACAUUGCCAUGGGAUCUAUGGACGACAAGCAGUGAAUUGGUGCAGCCGGCAUCCACCACAGCAUUUAAUGGAUUUGCACAGGAUAGCACCAGAGCAAAGAAAGAAAACCAGAAUAUUCUAAGAUAAAAGGCCGAGGCUGAAGAAGCGCCACCUGGGGAACUUAAGGUCGAGGAAACUCCUGCUCCUGCUGCUGUUAUGGAAAAGGAGGCUGUCCCUGGUGAGCUUGCUGAACCAGCAGAGCAGGCUGUGGAGAGUGUCGAGGCGGGGAAUAAGGAGACUACAGGAGUUGCUGAGAAAGAAAAUGAGGUGGUACCUGUUGGUGAGGGGGCUGCGGCAUCAGAAAACAGUGUGGCCAUGGCAGCAGGCGGUGAUGGCACUGCUGCCACUGAGCGGGAUGUUGCUGAAGGUGACAAACCUCAGGGAGAAGAAAAGGAAUCUAAUGUGUCUCAGGUAACUCAUGUCACAACAAUCCCUUCAGUAGUAAUAGAGCCGGCAUCAAACAACGAAGGGGAGAGAGAACAUGAAGUCAUCAUGAAUGAGUCCAAAGAUGCCACAGCAGAGAUGGCACUCAGGACACUGACACUUCUCCCGGUGAAAUUUCCCAAGUUGGGAAGUGAUCAGAAACCUACUAAAGAAAUCCAGUCUGUACCGCCUAAAGAUCAGCCUGUUCCAGAAGAAGAUGCAGGUUCUGUGAUGCCACCUGGCUUUCUCUAUAAGGUUGAAGUUCUACAUGAUUUCGAGGCAGCUAACAGUGAUGAACUCAAUUUAAAACGAGGAGAUAUUGUACUAGUAAUUCCUUCUGAGACCACAGCUGAUCAGGAGGCUGGCUGGUUGACUGGCAUUAAGGAAUCUGAGUGGCUUCAGUACAGAGAUGCAAAUAGUUAUAAAGGACUUUUCCCAGAGAACUUCACGCGCCAUCUGGAAUAAUUCUCCCAGGCAGAUGAACGUGAUAUGAAGCUCAGUCAGUAGGUUUUUAACCUCUUUGAAACACAGGAGCCCAUCUUUUGUAGUUUAAGCUAUUAAUGGUUUACAGACUGGUGUCAGACAAAGCUUGUUGGAACAUAUUGAAAUGAGUAUGAAUGCAAACAGUUAAGCUAGCAAUUUCUGAAGCAGUACAUGGGAAAAAAAAAUUAUAUAAAAAUGUCCUUAUUUGUUAAUAAGUAUGUGGCGACAGGUUUGUUUGUGCUUUGUCAGAGCUAUGGUGAUCCUGUAUUUGGUCCUUUUCCAUGAAAUCUGAAAUUAGCUUCCUGAAUACCAAAACCUUAACUUCUCUGCACUAAGUGUAUUGUAUUGAGUUGCACUGCAGAAGAUUUAAUUAAUUAUCCUGUAGUUAUGAGGUCAAACUAUUAUAAAUUUCAUGUGUUUAAAAAAAUAAUUAACUACUGCAACAUUUUUCAGUGUUAUUUUGGACAUGCAUAGUAUAUACACAAGAACUUAUAUGUGUAUAUAUAAGUGCAUAUGUCUAUAUAUGCAUUUGCACAACUUCAUGGUAGUUCUUUGGCUGUGUAGUAUCAUCCAGUACAUGCAUUGCUCUUUCACUGUCUGGCAUAACAGGAAAAGGUUUUGUUUCAAAGCAAAACUAGCUGCUCCAUUGCCAAAACAUAUUACAGUAUCUGUGUUUGUAAUGUGAAAUUUUCAUUCUUAGAUAAUGAAUAACAUCAUGUUCAAAGCUGCUAACCUUUGAGAAGGCAUGGCUCAGUCUCCUCUUUCACUGCAGUAGUUACAAUGAGAUAAAUCUGGAGGAGGAGCUCUUAUGAUGCUAAUCUAUACUUUUUUAUUUAAUUGGCUGAAUACAUUUUAAAAAAAGAAACAGAACUAAUCUCUGAGAAGAAAGAAACACAAUAUAUUUUCACUAUAUGUAUUUAUGCAGCUUACCUUUUAAAGUAAGAUAUAUAAUGUAUCCUGUAUCAAAAAGUCAUCUGUAACUUAUGUUUUCCAGUGCUGUGUCAUUAAAAAUAAACCUUUGGUCCAAAGAA